AUGAAUCCCCACUACAACACCUCCACCGCAAUCCACUCUCACCUGAAUCCCCACUACAACACUGCCACCUCAAUCCACUCUCACCUGAAUCCCCACUACAACACCGCCACCGCAAUCCACUCUCACCUGAAUCCCCACUACUACACUGCCACCUCAAUCCACUCUCACCUGAAUCCCCACUACAACACUGCCACCUCAAUCCACUCUCACCUGAAUCCCCACUACUACACUGCCACCGCAAUCCACUCUCACCUGAAUCCCCACUACAACACUGCCACCUCAAUCCACUCUCACCUGAAUCCCCACUACAACACCGCCACCACAAUCCACUCUCACCUGAAUCCCCACUACUACACCUCCACCGCAAUCCACCUCACAUGA